CGGCUGCACAGUUGAUGCAUGACCUGUACUCGGUGACGCAAUCUGCUACCGAGCUUGUGGAGUGCUAUCGGAGCUAUCAGCGUCGUUUAAAACGAUCGCAAGCUGAGAAAGAGAAGCUUCAGACGGACCUUGCUGAAUCGGUCAGGACUGAAGGUGACUGCCGGAAGGAGAUUGCGAGACUUGAGCUGGAUGUUAUUGCCGCAGGCAAUAGGAAGGCUGAACUAGAGCUUCUUCCAGCCAAGUUGACGGCCGAAGAGCAGAAGACGGCUGAGCUGCAGAUCAAGCUGGAUGCGGCGCUGCAGGCGGCCCAAGAUGCUGAGAAAGCUGCUAAGGAUGAUCGCAAGGCUGUGGCGCUGAAGGCUGUGCAGAAAUUUAUGAAGUCUGACUUCUACUGCGAGGAGAUGAAGGGGCGCUAUAAUGGUGGGUGGACUGCAGCUCAUCGUUGUGCCGUCAAAGCCUUGACGCUGACUGAGGAUGCCUGGGGUAAGGUGGAGGGAUCCUAUGAAGAGGGUGGCCAUAUUGAUCCGACUGGCAUGGAGACCCAGACCUUCCCAGACAUCGUCAUUCAGAAUGCUGACCCUCGCCUUCUGCCCGACAGGGAGAUUCCCGAGUCUGCCUACUGGAGUGAUGCAGACUACUCAGCUUGACGGUCUUGGCAGUCAUCACCAGGCUCUUCCUGUGGUUCUUCCAACAGUUUUUUCCGGCCUCAUACUUGUUAAUGUCUGUUGGUAGCUUUUGAAUAUCAUUUAGCGGAUGUAACUUAUAAACAAUUUCCUUUUUUGGUACCUUUUAGCUGUUUGUGGCACUUUGUCUUUUGCCGUGUGUUAACUGUUUCAAGAACGUUAUUGUCGUCUUGGCUGCGCCGUCUGAGGCGUAUGUUUGUGCCUUUUAGCAGCUACUCACUCCGCAUUUAGUUAUUUUUGGGUGGUGGCUGUCGUCCCUGUAUUUGUUUAAAACCUAUGUGAUGCACUUGAUGGAUUAUCCGUUUGUUUUUAUUCAAUUUGUCACGUAAUGGCGUCGUUUUGCCUUUGAUUUUAUUAUAUAUUGCAUCUUGCCUCUUGUCGACUGGGCCAAUGUGU